CGCGAGCAAUGGACAGAGCUUCCGAUCUCCGUUGCGGACGUCAGUGACCAGUCGCUGGUUGUGGUCGGUGCCAAUGUCGGGCUCGGAAAUGAAGCUGCUGUGCAUUUAGCACAGCUGAAACAAAAGCAGGUAUGCAUGAACCCUCUGAAAGUUAUCGGGUGAUUUCAUGGCUUGUAUAGAUGUGGAGACUCGGUCUGGCAUGGCUGGUAUCGAAUCUUGGCCUCUUGAGCUGUGCUCGUUCGAUUCAGUGCGUUCUUUUGUGGACAAUUUUGAAGCGAAGGGCUGCACAGCCAAUGUUCUCAUUGCCAACGCCGGCAUAUCGACGAUGAAGUACACGAAAACCCCAGAUGGCUACGAAACUACAUUUCAAGUGAAUUACCUGUCGACCGCUCUGUUGAGCCUAUUGAUGCUGCCUCACCUCAUCAAGACAGGGACUCCUGAACUUGCCUCAAGACUGGUUAUUGUGUCUAGCGAGUUUCAUUAUUUAGCCAACAGACUAAAAGGGGCGGACAGAUGGCCUAGUAUCAUCGAAACAAUCAACGAUGAGGCAUAUUUUGCAUACAUUAUUGUGCUCACCACACCAUCAUGCGCAGUCCUCGAAGUGAUGUUUAUCCGUGAGUUGUCUUCCCGACUUCCCACACCAACUUUGGUCGCAGUUUCGGCGGUCAAUCCUGGUUCUUGCCACUCCCGUCUUACGCGAGAAAUCGAAUCAAAUCCACUCUUCAAGUCUGCCGUAAGAAUCUACAAAGGGUUGGUGGCACGCACGACUGAGAUGGGCAGUCGGACACUUAUCCAUGCGGCAAUCGAGCCAGGUGAGAGGGAACGGCAUGGGCACUACCUGUCGAGCUGCGAAGUUACCGAAGUGAGUGAUUAUACUCUCAGUGCGGAAGGACGGGAGGUUUCGAAGCGUUUGUGGUAUGAGACCCUCGAGAUCCUUGGAGACAUCGAUCCAAGAGUCAAUACAAUUGUGUCUGAGCACCUCAUUCAGGAUAUAGCAUGA